AUACAAUGUCGCAUGUCUACCAUUCUCAAAGACAGCCGAAAAUUCGACAGUUGUAUACAACAAGUUGAACAUAGUCAUCCAAGUGGUGCAAAUCAACAAAUAAUCCUACAACGUGUAAGUGAACUUUUCGUGCAAGAAAGGGGUUUUGCAUUUAAGUUUGAUCAUGUGUUCGAUUUGGUAAAAGAUAUUUUGCAACUUGAAAAAACGAGUGCAGUUUAUUCACUGCCUCCAGAAAAAAUUUCAGAUUCCGUUAACCCUUCAUUGUCUUCAUUUAAAAUCAAUUUAAGCAACGAUGAAAAUAUUAGUACAGGUGGUUCUUCUUCCCAGCGACCAGAGGGUGUAAAAAAAUCCAAAGCAAAAAGGAAGCAAAUCGAAGAAGACUAUGUUCUUGCAAAUUCCUUCAAUGAAUCAACGAAAAAGCUUCGAGAAGCAUUAUCUUUAUCAAAUGCACAAAGGGAUAUUGCUCUUCAACUGGAAAAAGAAAGAAUAGAGGCCAUAAAUAGAAGAUCUGAAUUUGCACAAUUGAGGAGAGAGGACAAGAUUCUAGCGAUGGAUCCAGAUACCAUUUCUGACCCCGAACGACACCACUAUUUUCGAAACGAACAACAAAAAAUUAUUCGGAAACGAAAAGAAGAAGAACAGUCAACAUCUACUACUUUUAAUGUGUUUGGAAUGAACUUUGAUGAUCUUGGAGGGAGUGGAGGGGGUUUGUCUGAUUAUUAG